AAUCUCUUUAAUUUUAAAAAGUAGAUGAUUCAAUGGAAUCUACUCGUAGCACGUGCUCAGGUGGCAUAAUUAUACAUUAGUGACCCUUUGGAUUCAAGUAAUAUGCUUCACUAAAGAAAUGGACGACACAACUCCGUGUUGUGUACUCAGAGACAUUGUACAUGACAAAUCUACAGCAACCUAUCACCGUAAAAAUGGAUUUUCACUGCCUAUACAGUUUUACCAGGUGGUAUCAUACAUUCUUGGAAUUUUAUUAAUAACGUUAUCGUGGAUUAUAUUUCUGCCGAAUUUUGGAUAUGCUCAUUUCAUUCCAAUUUCACUCACAGUCGUCUUUUUGGCUAUCGCAGGUCUCUUUGUGGCUGUGUGUUGCUCUGAUCCCGCAGAUCCAAAUGCGCGCGCAGUUCUCUAUGGAGACAAAGAGACAGGUUCAAACUUGACUGAACGAACGGAAGUCAAUGAUGGAGAUGGACAAAUGAGAACCAAGAAAGACCCAGAACGGGUCGUACCAAAAAAGUCUCAUUGUGACGUUUGCAAAAUGGUCGAUUCUACGAGUAAACACUGUAAUAUUUGUAACAAAUGUGUUAUUCGCUUCGACCAUCACUGCGUUUGGGUCAACAAUUGUAUAGGAAGGAGCAACUACAGUCUCUUCUUUGCACUUAUUCUUCUCUCUACUGUCUUCACUACCUUUAUCAGCGUCACGUCACUCGUUGUGAUAAUCCAGGGACAUUGGAGCGGAGAGCCACAAAAAUCGUGGAUCGUUUUCUAUGGAGGUUGCAAUUCUGGCCUUUUCUUUUUCCUAAACUAUACAUUUCUCAUCCUCAGCGUCAUCUCCGCUCUCUUCCUUUGGCAACUCCUAGGUCUCCACUGCUACCUGCUCUACAAGGGACUCACUACCUUUGAAUAUUACACUAUGAGAUGCAGGGACCUAGUAAAUGACCAGGAUAAAAGCAGCUGCUGGACUUGGUGCGUCGAUCGCAUAAUUAUCGACAAGAAGAAGCUUCAGCGGAAACGGGAGAUGAAGAAACAAGGAGGUGAUAACCAGGUUUAGCGUAUAGUCGUACUCUCGGCUAGGGCUACCUCGGAUGGAGGAGGCAUCCCCUAGUAUUAAUACACAACCAUUACCAGACUGAUUCCAGUUGGA